AGGAAAUCUGAUAGUAGUGGUGGGUUUAGGGUCUUACUCAGACUGCAGUACAUACGUAUACACAUAAUGAAAGUAUUUCCUGGUGGGAACAGGGUCCUUUAUAAUUUAUUGGCCAGUGUGAAAACCAAAGGAAAAAGUGAAUUACCAGAUGUCUAAUAGUUACACUUGGUCUAUUGUGUGGUCAGGCCUACAGUGGAGGGAUGUGUAUUUUAGCUGGUGUUUGCCAAGAGGAUAGCAGUUUUUGCCUAGGGAUGUAACACUUAAAUUGCUCUAAGUGAUGAACACAAUUUCGACCAACUUAGGACGAAUUUGAAAUAGCCAGAAAUGUAGCCAGAAUGGAAACCAAUCCACAGACAGGACGACAGACUGAUCAGCAUCAUGUGAAUGUUUUGCAGUAAUAGAAGAACACAUUGAUGUCGCCUGUGUUUCAAAUAUGAGCCUUUUAAUUUUAAUAUCAUGGAACUUCAUUGUAUCCAGAUAAACGUGACCAAAGCCGUGAUCGUAGCCAUCUUGUGUGUGCUAGUGUCAUCAAGGCAGCCCACCAAAUUUAAAUAUGAAGAGGAAAAUGCUUGGACAUACCAACCAUCGCAAGUCCAUUUUCAGUGGCUUGAUGGGAGUGAUAAUUUAAUCCGGGAGAAAUCAGCUUCAGAGCCAAUGUCGUUUUCUAAGUUACACAAGAAAAACGUUGGAAAGGAUACCUGGAGGAGGCUGAAAUGGAUGAAAAAAGAUUACACUGAGAAAUCAAAAGGCGUUAAAGUAAUGGAUGAGGCGGUAAGUGGAGUGAAGAGCUCCCAGCAGACGGCAGGGACGAAAACUCAAUUAGCUGCGGAAAUAGACAUCCUAAGAUUAUUUCUGGGGACAGAGCCUCAUAUUGAUUCACUUACGGGUCAACAGGUCACCAGGGAAGCUAAUAAGAGAAAGAAACGUGUGGUUAGAGACGUAGGGGAGGUAACUCCAUCUAACAUUGUCCCAAAUCAACCACAAGCUACAACACUGGAUAGUGUAUUAGGGGACAUGACUUCAAACAGCUUUGGUGGUUCAACCAAUCAGCAGACAGUGAAUGAGACGUAUGAUUUGAUUGGUUCAGAAGGUUCAGGUACUGUCAUCAACACUACCCCAGAAUCAUUGUCAGGUCUUACAACCUCAAUGAAACCUAUAACCACACUAGAGAUUACUACAAUACCACAGCCUAUAACUGCAGACCCCAGUACAUCAACACAGUCCUCCACAACAGCAAAGCCCUUCACAUCUCCAUCAUCCACAACAACUCCAAAACCUAUCAUAACCUCAAAUCCCACAACUCCAAAACCCACAACAACUCAAAAACCCACCACAACUCCAGAACCCACUACAACUCCAGAACCCACCCCAACUCCAGAACCCACCCCAACUCCAGAACCUACCACAACUCCAGAACCCACCACACCUCAAAAACCCACACCUACAGAACCCACCACAACCCCAGAACCUACCACAACCCCAGAACCCCCCCCAACUCCAGACCCCACCACCCCUCCAAAACCCACAACAACUCAAAAACCCACCACAACUCCAGACCCCACCACCCCUCCAAAACCCACAACUACAGCACCCACCACAACCCCAGAACGCAGCCCAACUCCAGAACCUACCACAACCCCAGAACCCCCCACAACCCCAGACCCCACUACACCUCCAGACCCCACCACAACUCCAGACCCCACCCCAGCUCCAGAACCUACCACAACUCCAGAACCCACCACAACUCCAGAACCCACCACAACUCCAGAACCCACAACUACAGAACCCACCACAACCCCAGAACGCACCCCAACUCCAGAACCUACCACAACUCCAGAACCCACCACACCUCCAAAACCCACAACUACAGAACCCACCACAACCCCAGAACGCACCCCAACUCCAGAACCUACCACAACUCCAGAACCUACCACAACUCCAGAACCAAGUAUCACUCUUUAUCCUGCCUCACCAGAACCCUCUCCCACACCAGAACCAUCUGCUACACCUGAACCCUCUGUCACAUCUGAACCUGUUACACCAGAACCCUCUGCCUCACCUGAACCCUCUGUCACACCUGAACCCUCUGUCACACCAGAACCCUCUGUCACACCAGAACCCUCUGCCUCACCAGAACCUUCUGUCACACCUGAACCCUCUGUCACACCAGAACCCUCUGCCUCACCUGAGCCUUCUACUUCUCCUGAACCUAAUGCCACUGUAGAGCCAGAAACAGCUGAACCAGGCUCAGAGCCUACAAACUCCACUUCUGAGCCUGAACCAGAAAGUGAACCAGAAGGUGAGCCAUCAGUGUUUUCUGAACCCAGACCAGACUGGGAGGCUGCAAUGGAAUUGUGGCAGUGGGGCUGGUAUUUCUUCAUCUACUUCUUCGGGAUCAUGUUUCUGGUGUUGGCCUUGUUCAGUCUCCUGAGUGUGAUCCGGCUCUGGGGCAUGAACCAACUCCUCAGUAAGAACUAUUUUGUCACACUCAACAUCCUAAUCAUCAUCAAGUGUACAUUGCGUGGAUCGUACCUGCUGGUGGAUGCUCACAAUAUCAAUAACACUUUCCACAAUAUUGUGGACUACUUCCUCUACAGUACAGCGUUUCCAUGCCUCACAUCCGCGUUCAGUAUUCUGUUUUAUGCGUUGCUGAUCGCCACAAAGAUGCAGGUGAUUUCGCCCAAGAUCCAGAAACUAUCAGUGCUUAUUGGAAUUAUAUUGUUUCAUUUCGCCCUGUCCCUGGUCACCGAUGUUAUAGUGGGAAUAUUCUCGGAAGCUCGUGUGUUGCUAUUGGUGUGUCAGUUCUUUUAUGUGGUAUGGGGCAUCGUACUAUUUGUGGGAUAUUUCUACCUAUUCCGGCGGCUGUAUAGUGCCGCAAUCAAGCGACAGAAAAACAUGCUUCAACAGACGCUGUCCACCAGCACUUCAUCUGUCACAGAACGCACGAAAAAGAAACUGUCAUCAAAAUACACAAUCAGUCUUUCCAUUAAAGUGACCUUUGUGGCGGCCAUCUUUGGAUUAAUGUGUGUUGCUUUGGAAUUGUAUGGAAUUUUUGGUGUGUUUAAAUUGUUAAAGACGGGCCACACUCCGGAAGCCUGGCCCUGGUAUACCUACAAGUUCUUGCUUCGGCUUAUGGAGUUACUUAUGUGUGCCACUAUGGUGUAUGUGGCAUCUCAGCCACUGAAGUACCGGCGACGGGACAAGGAGACCACGUGCUGGUUGUUAAUGAUGCCUUUAAAGCGUAUUUUUUGUAGCUGUGGUGGUCAGGGGUCAAACGAUAAUACCGAAACCUCAACAAAUUCCGACGGGCAUGUAAUGUCAGACACCCAGAAAGAUUUACAGAAAAACAUGAAAUAUUAUGAUAAAGGUGACGAGGGUGUGAAAUCAGAAACAAUGCUGAAACCACAUGUGACAUAUGCUCCUCACUUAAACGGACACUUUCAUCGACAGGUUUCAGAGACUCCGUCUCACCUUGUGAUAGAAGAUGGCCUGGUACGAUUUCGUAGUGAGGAAGAAUUGAAUUAUUGUGAUUCAGAACUGGCAACGAGUCUUCCCGACCUCGUCAAUGGAAGUGCUAUGAGGAGUACUGCCUUAAAUGGGGAAGCUUUAGGAAAUGGGGCGAUUCCACGAGGAGUUCUCAAUGGUGGUUUUUACAGAACUGAGAACGAGGCUCACAAUAACAAUAAUAAGAAACAUCAGGGAUCGGUCAGUGGUCAGUGUUAUGACCAGUACAAAAACAGCAUGGACCUAGAAAGGACCAGUAUAGGGACCACGGGCACCGAUACGAUGCGCCCCAUGUCUGCGCUCAAUCUCGCUGCCAGUAUGGAGUGGGAGUUUGAUAGAGUGUAUGAACGUAGUUUUGUAGAAAGUGACACAAGUAGUGUUAAAAGUCUUCCCAAUGUUGUACCACUAUCUCCACUGGAAAGCAAUGCCGAGAGCCGACUUCUUGUCAACCAAUCACCUAGUCAUGACUCGUAUGCCAACCAAUCAGACCAAAGGCGUGACAGUUUGCCAGUUGAUAUGAAUCAGGUCUCACUAGAUAUGAGCUCAAAUCUUUCAUCGUCACCUGAGGCUCCUCGUUCUCCGACCUCGCCCACACGUAAACCCUUGAUAAAAAAACGUAUGAGCAGACAUGCGUCAACAGACUCAGACUGUUUAGACCGAUUUAAGGCCAAUAUUUACACUUCAUAGCACGAAACAGUCGGUGGAUAUUCUCUUGAUCCAAUCAAAAAGCUUCUUGGCAAACAUAUGGAGGAAGAAAUCUAGGCUUAUUACCGUUCUUACCUGUGGUAAGGCCAGGUGCCUUAGUCCUUAGAAAGAUGUCAACUCAUUCACCCCUGAAAUUUCAUAAUGGACUAUUCCAACCGUUAAAUUGGAAGAGUUCAAAUGUGUCUUCAGGGGUGAAUGAAUUGAGUGUGGGCAGGGUAUACUGGGCUUAAUCCUAGAUCCUGCUCUGUAUCCAGAAUGAAAACAGAAAUCACCGUUAUUUGUUAAGUUGGUUGGACACGGGGAAGGAUGGAUUAUACUGAGCGUGGUCUUAUUACAGGUAACCUAGGGUACUGGGCAUGUUCAAGUGACUUCUUUCUCUGGUAUAAGUGUUUUGUUGGAUUACAUUUUUCGUGAUUCAAUGAUAUUGAUGUUUUUCUUCUUAAAUUCAGAGAAAUUAUUACAAUUUAAAACUUUAAAUUUUUUGUUUUGAUGAAAAAGUAAGAAAGCUUAUUCAGAUAAAAAAAAAAUAAGAUGAAGAAAUUGGUAUUUAUAGAAUGUUUUCUUCAAGUAGAUACACGUUUGACUGAUAAUUUCUGUAAUUAUGAUCAGAUCUUGAGAUUAUCUACAAAGCUGAUAAUUGGGGCCUUUUUGCAAUAUUGAAUAUGAUUAUUUUGUGUAACAAAUGUUGAUAGAGUAUUUUUCAAAUCUAAUCAUGAUUAUAAAGUAUAUGUAGGACCAUAAUCACAGUGAUGACAGACUACCUUUGAGAGGGAAUAGGCGUCAUUUGUUUCAGAUUCCAUCGAUUAAUUAACAGGUCAAGAGGCCAUCAUAAAAAGUCGAUCAAUUCUUUCAUUGUCAUUUCUCAUAAUUUGGUACAUUAAAUUACAUUUAAGUCGUGUCGUAACAAACAUUAACUAUACAGAAGUAUUAUAUAGACUGAACCUUCACAGUCGUAACAGAGAGGGAUCUGGUACCAGGUCAUCUAAUAAUACUUGCUUCUAAACAGAAUCCAACAUGGCUGCCAGUAAUUAAUCCCCUGCAGUUACAUCUAAUUACAGAUCACCUGAAAUGGUUGCCAUAGCAACAUAUGCAGAUGUAAUCUCCUGACAUUUUGAUUAAUUAAUUUCUUUUUCCUUUGAUGUGAGUUAGCAUUUUUUUUAUUAGUUCAAGAAGCUCCAAAAGGAAAAUAAAAAAAAUUGUUUUAAUCAACCGAUCUGUUCAAGUAUCAAUCUCAAUGCUAAGUGGCAAGGAUUCUGUAUUACUUUAUGCAUAAUAUGUAACAAGGCAAAAUACAACAUGAUUGGUUUAUCUGCAGUACUGAAUAUGCCGUCUUCUUUCUUAAUACAUGUAACAUACAAAUAUAGCCUUACCCUGCCCCUUCCUAACUACCUGGUUCUUUCUUCCUAGCCAUGCCCCUUCCUAACUCCCUGCCCCUUCCUGACUCCCUGCCCCUUCCUAGCCGUGCCCCUUUUUUGUCCUAUCUUUAUCAUAAAUGGACUGUCAUGAGAAUAUCUAAUCAUGCAUGUAAGUAAUAAAA